CCGUUCUAAAAUUCUUGAGAAAAUCAGUACAUUAAGUUGCCCUGUUUUGUUUGUCACCGGAACGCUAUCUCCCUACAAUCGUUCCGUACACCGUCUGUACACUGUCGCUCGAAACGCGGUUCGAAAUCAACCGGAAAAACUGAAACAUAUUGAAUUACUUCAGGUGGAUGAUGUGGCAAACGUACUUGUAUGCCGGCCGGAGAAACUGGCCUAUUCGUUGCAAUACUUCAUUCAGGGCUUAGGUAUAGCUGGCGCAGCUGUGAAUCGUCGUAUGAGCACCACUCUGCCCCAAAUACCCGCUCGAGGACGUUCAAUGUCCAUGGAACAAUACGAUCAACCCAAAGGUGUUUCCUCCUGUGUCUUCGACAAACAUCGCAAGUAUAGUACGGCGUUCGCUGAAGGGGACGACGAAAUCCCAGCCUAGUGAAUGACUUCUGUAGAAAAGACUGUGGCAGAUCUUUACUAACUACUGUGAACAUGUUGCAUGCUUAGCUGCCGUACGCACGCGUAUCAGUAGCCACUGAUUUUGCACAGAACCCUGUAAUGAUAAGCCCACUUACUUCCAGCGCUUGUUCUGUAGGCACUCGCCCAAUGAUUGCGCAAAACUAAUGUUCUGUGUUUUGCCGAUUUGCACCACUAACUGGUCAGAUGGUUGAUUGAUCUCUCUCAUGCUUCCACGGAAAGCCUUUGUUCUAGAACAAUUCAUAAUAGCAGAAACGAUAAUGCUUAUUUUUUGUGAUUUUUUCUCAGUGUUUUGUCAUAAAGAAGGGAGACAAGAA